AUGCGUGAGUCUUCCUGUAUAAUGAGAAUUUCAUUUACUGACACCUGUCACAGAUGUGGCGCUGUAGUUCGAGGACUAGGAGGAAAUCAGGUUGGACAGCGCAUAGCUCGAUGCCACUACGUGGUCACAUUCGUGGAAGAAUACAAUUCACGGCUGCAUAGCGCAAGGGACAAAUAUUGGGAUGCAGUGACCGAAACGUGGUGCGUAGAUGGUCGCAUGAAGUGGUAUAUCGAGAAGGGAAAGCCUAUAUCCGAAGACGAACCGAUCAGAAUGAGCUGGCACCAGCACGUCUCGAAGUCUAGAAGUCUUCGAGGUCUGCACCUUGAAGGCAGACCUCAGCGCAAUACCACCGUCCUUAUUCCACAGUUGCACCAAUUCCUUGGGGCAGAUAUAUUACGAUGUUGCUUUCGAGAUUGCCAUGACGUCUACUUCGGCGUCUAUUUUAUUUGA